AUGGCGGGAGGGAAAGCGAAGAAGGAGAAGGCGAAGCCGCAGCAGCACAUGCCAUAUCAGGGAGGAAUCUCCUUCCACAAAUCGAAGGGGCAGCACAUUCUCAAAAAUCCAUUGCUUGUUGACUCCAUCGUUCAGAAAUCCGGCGUCAAACCCACCGACGUCGUCCUCGAGAUCGGUCCUGGCACUGGAAACCUCACCAAGAAGCUUCUAGAAAUCGCCAAGAAGGUCGUCGCCGUUGAGAUCGAUCCCCGCAUGGUUCUCGAGCUCCAGCGACGGUUCCAGGGCACUCCUCACUCCAAUCGCCUUACGGUUAUCCAAGGCGAUGUGCUGAAGACUGAACUUCCUUAUUUUGAUAUAUGUGUUGCAAACAUUCCCUACCAAAUAUCUUCUCCUCUCACAUUCAAGUUACUCAAUCACCAGCCUGCAUUUAGGGCUGCAAUCAUAAUGUUCCAGAGAGAGUUUGCCAUGAGACUGGUUGCUCAGCCCGGUGACAAAUUAUAUUGUCGUCUAACAGUGAACACUCAACUCCAUGCUCGAGUCUUCCACCUCCUAAAAGUUGGAAGAAACAACUUCAGGCCCCCGCCCAAGGUUGAUUCCUCUGUAGUGCGUAUUGAGCCUAGGAAACCCCGUAUUGAAGUUAAGCAAAAGGAAUGGGAUGGGUUUUUGCGAAUUUGUUUCAACAGAAAGAACAAAACACUUGGUUCGAUAUUUAGGCAGAAGAGUGUGAUCUCCUUGCUUGAAAAGAACUAUAGAACUGUGCUGGCGCUGGGACUUGGACCAGUAGAUUCCUCGAAGGAAUCAGAUACCAAAAUGGACUUUGCUAGUUUUGGUGAUGAUCAAGGUAUGGAGAUGGAUGAUGAUGGAGCAGAUGAGGAUGAAAUGGAAGUUGAAGAUGGGGAAGCAGACGAGGUGCAAUCUGAAUUCAAGGACAAGGUUUUGGCUGUUCUGAGGGAGGGAGAUUUUGAAGAAAAGAGGUCGUCCAAGCUCACAUUACAGGAAUUCCUAUACCUGCUUUCUCUGUUUAACAAAGCUGGCAUACACUUCUGCUGA